AUGGCUCCAGGCGGAGGAGGAAAUAUCAAGGUGGUGGUGAGAGUGAGGCCGUUCAAUAGUCGAGAGGUCGAGAGAAGGGCAAAAUGUAUCGUUCAGAUGAAAGGGAACCAGACGGUUCUCACCCCACCACCUGGCGCCGAUGAGAAACUCCGUAAGGGAGGUAUGAAAGGUGCUCCCGAGGGGCCCAAGGCGUUCGCAUUCGAUAGAUCCUACUGGUCGUUCGAUAAGAAAGACCCGAAUUAUGCCGGACAGGAGCACCUCUUCAAUGACUUGGGUCUGCCACUCUUGGACAAUGCCUUUCAAGGGUACAAUAACUGUAUCUUCGCAUAUGGUCAGACCGGUUCAGGAAAGUCAUAUUCGAUGAUGGGUUAUGGACAGGAAUACGGUGUGAUUCCCAAGAUCUGCCAAAACAUGUUCCAACGGAUAGCGAAGCUUCAAGAAGAUAAGAACCUGACGUGCACGGUGGAGGUUUCCUACCUGGAGAUCUACAACGAAAGAGUCCGGGAUCUUCUGAACCCGUCGACGAAAGGGAACUUGAAGGUUCGCGAGCAUCCAUCGACCGGUCCAUAUGUCGAAGAUCUCGCAAAGCUGGUGGUACGAUCGUUCCAGGAAAUCGAGAAUCUCAUGGACGAAGGUAACAAGGCCAGAACCGUGGCCGCCACCAACAUGAACGAAACCUCCAGUCGAUCUCAUGCGGUCUUCACCCUUACUCUCACCCAAAAACGACACGAUGCCGAGACGACAAUGGAUACGGAAAAGGUUUCUAGGAUCAGUCUGGUUGAUUUGGCAGGUUCCGAAAGAGCGACAUCUACAGGUGCUACAGGUGCUCGACUGAAAGAAGGAGCGGAAAUUAAUCGUUCCCUCUCAACGCUUGGUCGUGUUAUCGCUGCACUGGCCGAUCUUUCUGCGGGCAAAAAGAAGAACGCAUCUAUGGUUCCGUAUCGAGAUUCGAUUCUGACAUGGCUGCUUAAAGAUUCUUUGGGUGGUAAUUCUAUGACUGCAAUGAUUGCAGCAAUAUCGCCCGCAGAUAUCAACUUCGAGGAGACGCUCAGUACCCUGCGAUAUGCAGACUCCGCCAAGAGAAUUAAGAACCAUGCAGUCGUCAACGAAGAUCCCAAUGCGCGCAUGAUCCGGGAACUCAAGGAGGAAUUGGCUCAACUCAGAAGCAAACUGGGAGGCGGCGCGGCAGCAGGUGGUGCGGUAGCGGCUGGUGGUGUUCCAGCUGAGGAAUACUACCCGCCGGACACUCCUUUGGAAAAGCAAAUAGUGUCCAUUGCCCAACCGGACGGUAGUGUCAAGAAAGUCACCAAGGCGGAGAUUGUUGAGCAAUUGAACCAGAGUGAGAAACUGUACAAGGAUCUCAACCAGACGUGGGAGGAAAAGCUACAGAAGACGGAGGAAAUUCACAAGGAACGUGAGGCUGCGCUUGAGGAACUGGGUAUCAGCAUCGAAAAAGGGUUCGUCGGUCUGAGCACACCUAAGAAGACGCCGCACUUGGUCAACCUGAGUGACGAUCCGCUGCUGGCUGAGUGCUUAGUCUACAAUAUCAAACCAGGAACGACGACUGUCGGCAACGUAGAUACGGCUAAAUCUUCUGAGAUUCGGUUGAACGGUUCAAAAAUUCUACAUCAUCAUUGUACCUUUGAGAAUGUCGACAAUGUCGUCACCAUUGUACCCAGCGAGGGCGCUGCGGUUAUGGUCAACGGUCUCCGCAUCGACAAGCCAACGCGACUCCGAAGUGGUUACCGUAUCAUCCUGGGAGACUUUCACAUCUUUCGCUUCAAUCAUCCGCAGGAAGCUCGUGCCGAAAGAGUGGAACAGAGCCUGCUGCGUCACUCCGUCACUACAAGCCAGCUAGGAUCGCCUGCUCCUGCUAAGGGCCACGAUCGGUCAAUAAGCAAGACGGGAUCCGAUGUCGAUGGCGAUUCCACUAGAGCCGACUCUCCCUUGCCAUCUCAUCGCAGUCGGGAUAAUGACUGGUUCUAUGCUCGCCGAGAAGCCGUUAGUGCAAUUCUCGGGCCAGACCAGAAAAUAUCUCAUCUCACUGAUGAUGAGCUGGACGCUCUCUUCGAGGAUGUGCAGAAAGUGAGAGCAGUACGUCGGGGGCUCGCGGACAAUGAGGAAGACUCGGAUUCGCUCAGUUCAUUUCCCGUUCGUGAUAAGUACAUGUCCAAUGGGACGAUUGAUAACUUUUCCUUGGACACUGCGAUUACCAUGCCUGGCACUCCUCGCCAGAAUGGAGACUCGGAGAACGGAGAGAGCGACUCUGCUUUGCAGAUAGCUCGUGAUGAUAUGCAGCGUCAAUUAGACAAACAAAAAGGAGAAUACCAGGAGAAGCUCAGAAAUGCAGAGGCUUCUUCGACACAGGACGUGGACGAGUUGAGGCAGGAGAAAGUUCGCAUGGAAGAAGCUCUGCGCAUCGCCAAGGAAGAAUUCCAGCAAGAAUUGGAAAAGCAGAAAGCAGCAUUCGAGUCGCAAAUCAAAGAGAUGGGGAAACCUAUUCCGAAGAUCUAUGAGAACGGUUUCGCUAGACUCGAGCCAGAAGAGAUUGAGAUUGCCAAGUCUGUUUUUCGGCAUUGGUCCCAGCGCAACUAUGUUCGCAUAGCCGAAGCAAUCCUUCAACAUGCGUCCUUGCUCAAAGAGGCUCAGGUCAUGAGCCAGAUCAUGGAUAAAAAUGUCGUCUUCCAGUUUGCCAUUGUCGACGAGGGUCAUAAUAUGGUUUCGUCUUAUGAUCUAGUCUUGAAUGGCAUCGCGGGAGACGAUGAUGUCGCGUUGGAUGAUGCGAAGAAGCCUUGUGUAGGAGUUCGAGUAAUCGACUUCAAGCAUAGUGUCAUUCACCUAUGGUCCCUCGAAAAACUCCAGCGCCGCGUUCAAGCCAUGCGACAACUGCAUCAAUACAUAGACCGGCCGGACUAUAUCCAACAUUUCAAACUCGAGAACCCGUUCUCGGAGACAUGUUCUCCUCAGUACUCUCUCGUUGGAGAUGCUGACGUUCCGCUCACUGCUGUGUUUGAGACCCGCGUCCAAGACUUUUCCGUAGAAGUGAUAUCUCCGUAUACCCACAGUGUCAUUGGCAUCAUCCGGCUUUCGCUCGAGCCAUCCUCCGCUGAGGCACCCUCGUCUACCCUCAAGUUCAAUGUUGUCAUGCGGGACAUGGUCGGGUUCGCCGAGCGAGAAGGUACCGAUGUGCAUGCGCAACUGUUCGUCCCGGGUGUAUCUGAAGAAGGAGGUGCCACAACAACCCAGAUGAUAAGCGGAUUUGAUGAGAAUCCUGUACUGUUUGAGAGUGUGCACAGCAUGAGCUUACCUCUUUCCAGUCCUCGCACAGCAUCUCUCAAGGUCUGUAUCUAUGCUCGUGUUACACAGAUGCAUCUGGAUAUGCUUCUUAGCUGGGACGACAUGCGUGAUGCCGCCGAUGACAAGCCCCAGAAACGAAAAACUCCCCGGAUUGCUGAGAGCGAGUACUACUCCGAAGAGAGGCAUGAUGUGUUUGCACGUAUCCAGAUCUUGGAGCUAGCGGAGAAUGGAGAGUAUCUACCCGUUGAAGUGGUGCAGACCAGCAGCCUCGAUGCGGGGACCUACCAGCUCCACCAAGGACUGCAACGUCGUAUUGUCAUUAACCUAACUCACAGCUCAACGGAGAGUCUCCCUUGGGAUGAUUUAACGAAUAUUCGAGUGGGAUCGGUCCGGCUUCUUGACCCUUGGGGCAAGGUUCCUGAUCAUGAUCAGACACCAGAUAUUCCAUUGAAAUUGAUACAAGAGCCGAUGAUCAAGGACAACGCCGACGGGACAUCCAAUGUGACUAUAAUUGGCCAGUGGGACUCGAGUCUGCACGGUUCUUUACUCCUCGACCGCACUACAGCCGACAAGUACCGCGUACAGAUUACUUUGCGUUGGGACCUGGUUUCUUCUCGUCUACAAGAUCCAAUGGUCUUUGCACUCGACCAGACGCUGCAGAUUCAGGGUCGGACCUAUGUCCGCCCACAGUCCAUGUUCAAGCAAUUCUGGAACUCGACGCGGGUUGUACAUUCGACCGUCGGCAUGUUCUCGGUUGCCGUCCGUCCAGUGUCUGCCAAGCGAGCGGCUGACCUCUGGCGCAUGAAUACGCAGAAUGACUAUGUGAAGGGCCAGGAGCUGCUGACGAACUGGGCUCCACGCAAGGUUUCUCUAGUGCGAGACUUUAUCGCGACGCGCAAACGGCGGCAGCGUGCUGCCGAGCUGGAUGCUGCCCGGGGUGCAUUAAGCGCUGGCAGCCUUACCUCGCCUUCAAGGGGCAGUGGCAGGUCAACGCCUCUGCGGAGCCAGGAACUUACAGAACGCAAAGUCAAACUGCUUCGGAAAUACUUGGAUCUUUGGUCAACGAAGAAAGAUCCCACGGAGAUUAUCCUGGUGAAGAGUAACCUUGAGCCACCUGCUGGAGGCGCGGCUUUUGCGAAGCGGACGAAGGAGUCUUCCACGCCUGAUACCACCAGUGUAAGAUCUGAGGACAGCUCUGCGAAACCUCGCUUCGUGGCCACUAUCCAACAUAUCCCCAAGAAUCCUUCUGUUCUGAAAUCCGGCUACUUGUUGACCCCAGACGACACCAAUAGUCUCUGGGUGAGGAGGUUCGUCGAAUUGCGUCGGCCAUAUCUUCACGUCCAUUCGGUUCCUGAAGGCGACGAGAUUAAUGCAAUCAACCUGCGGAAUUCCCGCGUCGACCAUGCGCCAGACUUCGCUCGACUUCUGGAUGGAUCGGGUGCUGGCGCAGACAGUGGAGUGUCGGUACGAGGCCGUCCUAAUAUCUUUGCGGUCUACGGCACUCAGAACACGUUCCUCUUCGCAGCGCGCUCUGAGACACAGAAGGUCGAAUGGAUCCUCAAGAUUGACCAAAGCUACUUCAGUGGCAAUGGCAGCAGCGGACAUGGUAACGAUGACGGCUGA